CGGCGUGUUUCCGCCCGAUAAGGCCGCCUGGGAUAGGGCGGUGUUCCCAGGCCGACAUCAGUCGCCUGUACGCGCUGAAGAUGACGACAAUAUCCAUUUUCUUUUCGCAGGGGAAUUUUCUGACGAGACCCUGUUGUAAACACAUACCUUUAACCUCUCAGAUACAGGGCCACUAGUGUUUCUUGACUAUAUAAACGAGAAGCUUUGUUUUAGACUGCCAUUUACAAGCAGUUCCUGAUUCUGUACGCACAACAGCUCCACUCACCCCAAAACGGCCGAUCUAUAUUCAUUAAAAACAAUUGCUGCCAGUUUACUGUCUGUGCUGGAAAAUUUCUGCUUUUUACCAUCACACAAACUUGGGCUGUAUCAACCUUCAACUGAAGUCUAACCAUUGAAAUACCACGGAUUUAGAUCAUCGAAAGCUUGACGGAUUUGGAUCACCCAUGUCAACAAUGACCACAUUAUGGAACGGAUGCCAUGCGUUCGCAUGAACCAAAAAUAUUGACAAUUUCCUAUAACGCUGGAUAGAUAGCUGUCAUCUUCUGGUCGCUUCACACGAGCGAUUUAUUUGUAACUGACCACACACACGCUAAUCAUGAGGACUUUGGAUAGAAAAAAACCGAAGCUUAGCAAGAAAGAAGUGUUUCUUCCCGACUUAGGAGAGGUGGCGUAUGCCGUAGAACAAGACAGAGACAUCUUCACACAUGAGAAAGAAAACCCACGAAGACGAACUAUCAUCAUAGAAAAGUUACAUGGCUCGUUUGGCUUUGAUCUACAGACGUAUGCCAUACACCACCGCGGCAGUGACGAGGUUGAGGUCUGCACGUACGUGUGUGACGUGUUCAAGGACGGAGCGGCACACCUGGCGGGAAUGAGAAAAGGUGAUAUUAUUUUGUCAGUCAAUGGCAUCAACGUAGAGGGCGCUAAACACCACCAGAUUGUAGAGCUCAUAAAGUUAACACCAAGCUCGUUACGAUUGGUAGUGCUGUUCGAAGACUGUGUGCGCAAAGUCGAACUCACCAAGAAGCUCGUCAAAUUAAAGCGGACACUCUACGACAAGAAGCUAGCGUUCCGAGCCCUUCAGGCCCAGGAGAAGCGACUUCUUCUCGGCAUGGACCGGUACGACCGAGGCCUUACCCCGUCCCACUCCCAGGACAGCGGCAUCUGCUCGUCCUCUUCCUGCACGAACUCGUCCUUGCUGACUUGCAGCAGCAAGUCACACUCCAUGAGCUCGCUCAGCUCGGGUGGCUUCUCUCUCUCCAUGAUUCCCGGCAACGAGAGCCUGGAGGAGAUCUCCAUAUUGGACAUCUGAGCAGACAUGUCGCGGCGUCUGAUUGGCAGAGAGUGACUGUUUCACGCAAGUCGCCGUAGAAUGGAUGCUUUGGCACACGGCCUGUGAUUGGCGGAGACGGAGCCAUCUCGCAACGAUUUUUGGCUCAGCGCGUCUGAUUGGACGAAGACCGUGCGCAUAACAAUUGAGAAAGCUGGUUCCCUGCGUGCGAUUGGUGAGAAGUUCGUCGAUGCUAAAACUGCAUCACACCGUUUCUGACAAACUGCACUGAUAAUAGAAUGAUCCUCAAGACAAUGUAAAACUGCGCAUGAUCGCAAAAAUUAGAUAUAGCUUGCAAUUAUGUCGUGGUGAAGUCCAAGGACAGAAUGUCCAACUUCGGUCCCCCAAACCCGGUACCUGUUUCUACCCUGAAAACGCAAAUCUGAAAAGGCGGGAAUAAAUUCACAGUUGGCUAUGCAAGGUGGGCACUCCCGCUAGAAGCAAAUUUAUACGGGGGUAUCAAACAUAGCCAGACUUUGAAAAACAAAGCUGCAGUUAAUUUAACCGUGCAAUAAACACGACCAAUAAAAAUUUUAUCUUGUCUGGGUUUCACAAUGAGGAAAAGUCCCGUGCGAAUACACCGGCUAUAUACGUCAAGGGCAAUUAUAGGGUCAAACAUGCGCCGGGAACAUCAACUCAAGGAAGGAAGAGGGCUGACGUAUUGCUUCUUUAUUUCUGGGCUGAACUUCCUGAAAAAAUUGUUGAUCUGAGUGGAGCGGGACUUUCGAGAGGAAUUGAAAGAGAAAAAGCUGCCAGCCGGUCACCAAAUGCCCUUGGAGUAUCCAGACAGAUAAUACGAUCUAACUAGAACCAGUUAUUAUUAAACUUCAGUGGAAAGGGGUCGUGGUAUCGCCGACCUUUUAAAAUGCCACCGAAAUGCUUGCUCUUAAGGUUAUCGGAGGCAGGAUUACACUUUCCUCCUUUCCCAGACGUUAAAUAACUUUUUCCCCGAGAAUAAUGAUCGGGGUCAGCUGAACUGUCUGUUUGAUAUUUUAAGUAAUUCCUUGGUCACUUCGCUGUCAUUAAUGCUCUGAUUCGAUUCUUGUAUUGCAGAGGUAUGUUCCGUAAAAAUUCACUUAAUUUCAAAAGAGAACAGGGUAUGAUUGUAACAGGAGAUCAGACGUGUUACCUGGCACCAAUCAAAGAAUCUGUGCAUUUUCCUGGGUAAGGUUUUAAUACAUGCACAUGCCCUUGAACUAUUGGGAACCAGACCUUCUUCAACAAGAUUUAGGGCCACACGAAGUCUUUUGCUGCAGGCAUAUGCACGAACCAGAACGCCCGUUGGGACGAGAGAGGUUAUAGUUUCUACACCCCUAAACAAUAUUUCAGUCCCGGCCCGAUUUACUCUCUGAGUGAUAUCGAUACCUAACACGUGACGCGCGACUCCAAGACUCAGUUUCGAUCAAUGAGGUCAUCGUAUCGGAAGCAAGCUGGGACCAUUACAACAGAAUCACGUGCCGUCUCGAAAACUAGCAUAUCGAACUGUUUCUUUGACACGAAGAUCUGCGAUUUCGCAAUCGAAUGUAUUGGAAAAUUCCUCAAACAUCUUUUCCGGGUGUGCAACACCUGGCAGAUUCUAAAACCACAAAUGCACUGCAGCACAUAAUGUGAUAUGUCUCAGCAAUCCAGGUUUCGAACUGUGAGUCGGUCGAAAAACCUAUGUGCAAUAUUUACUGAUCGUAUUGCGAUACUUGUUUUUCCUUCAGUUGUUUUGCAACCAUACAGCUUCUGGUUACGAUCUCUUACAGUUACAAGCAAACUAGAGCUUCGCAGCAAAUCAGGAAAAAGCACGACCGUGAUAGUCGUCUGAACACUGCGUAGAAAGCUCCAAAAAGAUUAUGCCAAAAUAAACAAACACAAAUGACUGCAAGGUGACACAAAACUCGGGCUCGAUGGAUCGAAAACAAGUAUCGAUUUGAUUUGAUGCAAGAACUUCAAAGUGUGUUAGAGAAAAUUUACCUACUGAAUAAAGCCAGCUCGUUAUUCGAUAAUAAUGUAAAUAUUUAACUUUAAAUAUGUUAUUUAAAUUAAAUGGAAUGAAAUAAAAUAUUAGAUUAAUAAA